AUGGCCGACAUUAAGACAGCGAAGGAUGCUAACGAUAACGCCGAUAUGGCGGAGGCGUACACGGCCAAGGUCAACCUUUCCGAGCACGAAUUGGAAUUGGAGCAGGCAUUGCAGAACUAUGUUCCAGAUUCUGAGGCUGAGAAGGCCUUGGUUAGGAAGUUGGACAUGUACAUGGGCCCUACGCUAUGGUUCAUGUACAUUCUAGCGUACAUUGACAGGCAGAAUAUCGGAAAUGCCAAAGUUGCCGGCAUGGGAACCGAUCUCAAUCUCAGUGACGACCAGUAUGCCAUGCUGCUAUCCAUCUUCUUCAUUGGCUACCUAGUUUGCGAGGUGCCCUCAAACAUGAUUCUCACAAGAUCCCGACCGUCGUGGUACCUUCCCGGCAUCAUGAUUAUCUGGGGCGCCAUCUGCGCCGUCAUGUCUGUGGUCAAGAACUACCAAGGAAUGCUGGCUCUACGGUUCUUCCUUGGUUGCAUCGAGGCUGGGUUCUUUCCCGGCGUUUUAUAUGUCAUGACUUGCUGGUACAAGAAGGCUGAAAUUGGAAAGCGGUUCUCGAUCUUUUACACCGCCUCCGUUUGCUCGGGCGCCAUGAGCGGCCUCCUGGCUGGUGCAAUCACUGGAAAUAUGGAAGGUGUCCGGGGUAUGCGUGGAUGGAGAUGGCUUUACCUGAUCGAAGGCGUCUGCACCAUCGGAUUCGCUAUCGGCCUCAAGUUCAUCUUGCUCGACUUCCCCGAGACCACGAAGCGGUUCUCAUUGGAGGAACGUCAACUUGCCGUGGUCCGAAUGAUCCACGACCGUAAUACCACCGCGGCCAGACAUGGGCAAAAGCUCACUCACUGGCAGUCGCUCAAGGCGGCUCUGGCGGACCCCCGGACGUACAUCUUUAUGGUUCUGUUCACCAUGGACCUGGGUUCUUGCACCAUCUCCUACUUCAUUCCCACAAUUGUCAAGCAGAUGGGAUACACCUCGGUCAUGGCCCAGUACAUGACGAUUCCUAUCUGGAUGGUCGGCGCAGUGUUCUUGGUCGUCCUCUCAUACACUGCGGAUAAGACCAGGGACCGCCGUUGGCACAUUACAGGAUGCAUGGGUCUAAGCUUCAUCUGCACCAUUGUCUGCGUGACAGUCUCCAACCCCAAGGUGGUCUACGCCAUGCUGUGCUUCUACAUUGCAGGCCUGUACACGUCUCUGCCGCUGAUGCUUAACUGGACCUCGGAAACCAUCGCCCUCCCUGCGGAAAAGCGCGCAGUUGUCGUGGCCCUGGUCAACUCCGUCGGCAAUCUCUCGGCGGUCUAUGGAAGCCGACUGUGGCCUUCCUCGGACGGGCCCCGCUUCGUCAAGGGGUUCGCGACCACCGGUGCCUUCACCGGCUUCGGAACCAUUUUGGCCGCGCUCAUCCCGAUCAUUUUCUCGUAUCUCCCCAAGGAGGGCCGCACCAAGGCAGAGCGCGAGAUUCUGGACCGCGAGAGAGAGUUUGUCGAGAAUCGAGUCCCCGGCGAAGUCUAA